AUGCUAUUAGUGUCUGGGACAGCCGUCACAGAGGACCACAAGCCGGGAAGCUUAGAGCAACAGAAGGGAACUGCCUCCCAGCUCUGGAGGCCAGUCUGCCUGCAGGCCGCUAUCCUUCGGAAGCUCCGAGGGACGGUCCGCUCCCUGCCCUUCCCAGCCCCUGGCAGCUGGCCGGCGACACUCUCGGCUCCCGGGCUGACAGCCGCAUCGCUGUUAUCCCAGCCUGUUGUCACACGGCCUUCUGCUCUGCAUGUCCGUGGGGCCGUGGACGCCUGUCAUUGUAUGUGGGGCCACCCUAACCUGGGACGGUGUCAUCUCCAGAUCCUGCCUGAAUACAUCUGCACCGACCCCGAGUCCAGAGAAAUCCUCCUUCGGAAGGUCCACGUGGACCUACCCUUGGGGGGCUGCGAUCCGACUUGCCACAAACACCGUGGACCCUCGGCCCAGCUCCGGACAUCCGGAGGACCCUGCCCAGGUGGCUGCUAUCCUGGCCCUGGAGGUGGAGGCUGUGGGCCCCGUAGCUGGGAGCUGAGCAGCGGACAGCCUGGGCCAUGGGCAGGCUGGGCCGGGGAGCAGAAAGGAGACACCUGCUGUGGGCCCGAGGGCCUGGGAAGCCUGCGACAGGUGUCUCGGCGGCCUGGCGCCCACGCGGCCUGCAGGGUGCCGGACUCAGACGUGGGCAUUCGGCCCCCUCUCUUCUCGCCCCUGUGUGUAUUGAACAAACGAAUGCGUGAACGAGUGGAUGAGAGUCAGAAAAUAGGAGGAAACAGGCAGGCCCAGCAGCCCAGGAACGCCGGGUGUCUCCAGCAGGAAGUUCUCUCAUCAGGCCCAGAAGAUGCAAGGCUUUUCGGGAAGACCGAGGGGCUCUGUGGGGAGCAGGGGCCGUCCCCUCCCAGCUAUAAUUAGGCCUGCGUUGGAGCUGGGCCCCAGGAGGACCAGGGCUUUGCCGUACAGAGCCCCCCUGCAGCCCCCGGCCCGAGCCCCUGGAGCUUGGCCAGGCCAAGCGAAGUCCAGCCCCAUCCCCUCCUUCCCCGCUCCCCCCACCACCACCCCGGGUCCUUCCCCUCCCACGUCCCUCCCUAUCCCAGGGUCAGAAGGCAGUCACUGAAGUGGACGGUCCCCUUCCCGCCUGUGAGCCGGGUCUCUCUGUUUCCUUUCCUCCCACUCCCCUUGACUUUCCCACAAACAUCUCUGCGCAUAAAAAUAACUUCAUUGGGAACGACAGUCCCUGGCCGCCUCCUUCUGAGCCCCCAUGCUGAGGGGGUCUCUCGCACACAAGCCCGGCCCAGGACGGGGCUGGGGGGGC